ACAACAUUGCUUCUUGCAAUUCUACUCUGUCCUGGUUUGCCUGAUCAGACUGGAAUUUGCCGUUUCCCACCCGAAAAUAACAUUUUGGGUGUGUAUGUGUUAGUUUUGUUGGUGUCCUGAACAAAACAAUAAAAAUGCAGCUUCACAUAUCUCCCAGCCUGAGGCAUGUGACGGUGUUUCCGGGAAAAGGAGUGAGGGAAUUCAUCAAGGUGAAAGUUGGAUUAAGGCGGCUUUCGUACCGGAUGCUCUUCUACUCCAUUCUGUUCUUCACUUUUCUUCUCAGGUUCGCGUUUGUGAUGACUGCUGUGGACACCAUUGAUGGGGAAAGCAAGUGCUCCUCACUAGGUUGCUUGGGAAAAAGAUUAGGGCCAAAAAUAUUGGGAAGAAGAGAAUCAAGGGUCCCAGAAGUAAUAUACCAAAUAUUAGAAGAACCCAUCGGCAAGCAUGAAUUACAAGGAAGAUCUGAUAUUCCUCAGUCCUUAGACGAGUUUAUGGUUGAAAUAAAGGAUGGAAAAUUAGACGCAAGGACUUUCGCUGUCAAGCUCAGAGAAAUGGUCACACUUCUUGAGCAAAGAACCCGAAAUGCCAAAAUCCAAGAGUACUUAUACCGGCAUGUAGCGUCAAGCAGCAUACCUAAACAGCUUCACUGCCUAGCCUUGAGGUUAGCCAACGAGCACGCCUCCAACGCGGCUGCUCGCCUCCAGCUCCCUUCUGCUGAACUCGUCCCUGCCCUCGUUGACAACUCCUACUACCACUUUGUCCUCGCCUCAGACAAUGUGCUUGCCGCCUCUGUUGUUGCCACAUCCCUUGUUCGCAACUCAUUGCACCCUCACAAAGUUGUCCUCCACAUUAUCACAGACAGGAAGACAUAUUAUCCAAUGCAAGCAUGGUUUUCUCUGCAUUCGUUAUCACCUGCCAUAAUUGAGGUCAAGGCGCUGCACCAUUUCGAUUGGUUUACAAAGGGGAAGGUGCCGGUGUUGGAAGCAAUGGAGAAAGACCAAAGGGUGAGGUCGCAGUUUAGAGGCGGGUCCUCGGCCAUUGUGGCAAAUAAUACCGAGAAGCCUAAUGUUAUUGCAGCAAAGUUGCAGGCACUUAGUCCCAAGUACAACUCUCUGAUGAACCACAUCAGAAUACAUCUACCAGAGCUGUUUCCUAGUCUUAAUAAGAUAGUGUUCUUGGACGACGACAUAGUCGUUCAAACUGAUCUUUCACCGCUAUGGGAUAUCGAAAUGAAUGGAAAGGUCAAUGGAGCAGUUGAGACAUGCAAGGGAGAAGAUAACUUUGUGAUGUCGAAGCGGUUUAAGAGUUAUCUGAACUUCUCUCAUCCCUUGAUAUCUAAGAAUUUCAACCCCAAGACAUGUGCCUGGGCUUAUGGCAUGAACAUCUUCGACCUAGAUGCUUGGAGAAAAACCAACAUAAGCCUCACGUACCACCAUUGGCUUGAACAGAACUUGAAAUCAGACCUGAGCCUUUGGCAGCUAGGAACGUUGCCCCCCGGCCUAAUAGCAUUCCACGGGCAUGUCCAUGUUAUCGAUCCAUUCUGGCACAUGUUGGGACUGGGAUAUCAGGAAAACACAAGUUCUGCCGAUGUUAAGAGUGCCGGUGUCAUCCAUUUCAACGGGAGAGCAAAGCCCUGGCUAGAUAUUGCAUUUCCAAAACUUCGGCCAUUUUGGGCAAAAUAUGUCAAUUUCUCAGAUAAAUUCAUCAAGGGCUGUCAUAUCACGGCAACCUAAGUUGGAUUUUCAGAGGAAUAUAUCGAAAAUGUUGAUGAUAAGAGUGUAUUGUAUAUGAGGCAAAGGAAAAUGAGAGAGAGUUCUUCCCCAAUUCACGGCGUUCAAUACUUAAAUGCAAGAUGAAAAAACAGCAGGGGCCUCUGAUACGCGGAACUCGCUUCCCUCAGUGCACAUUCCUUCACCUAUCACUCUGUAUUCUUCUUUCCUUUUUCCCCUUACACGGUGAUUAGAACUUCCGAUCGUACAGUUUUGUUUAACGACUAUAUGUUAGAAGUAGUACAUGCAAUAAAAUACAAGACCACAUACUUCAUAAGAUUCAAA